AUGGCCUCCACUGUUCUCAAUUUCUCUGCAUCUCUCCUUACGCUGUUCUUCUUCUUCUUGCGUAGUGCGGAUGCCGAAAUUGGUAGUAGCAAUAUAUUCAGCAUGCAGAGUUACGGGGCUCGCGGAGAUGGACGCCAUGAUGACACCAAGGCAUUGGUAGAUGCCUGGGCUGCAGCUUGCUCCUCUGCAAAACCUGCAGUCGUUCUCAUCCCCAAGGGCAAAAAGUACCUCACUAAGCACACUACACUGUCUGGUCCAUGCAAAUCCAGCAUCUUGUUGAUGGUGAAGGGUAGUUUGGUGGCCUCUCCAGAGAGGUCAGACUGGAGUAAGGAGACUGUAAAGCACUGGAUUCUGUUCAGUGGUGUCACAAGUCUAACUGUCACUGGCGGUGGGACCAUUGAUGGAAAUGGCAAGAUCUGGUGGCAAAAUUCAUGCAAAACAAACUCAAAGCUGCCAUGCACUCAAGCUCCAACCGCAUUGACAUUCUACUCGUGCAAGAAUUUGAAAGUGGAGAACCUAAAGGUGGUGAAUAGCCAGCAAAUCCAGAUUUCAGUGGAGGAUUGCACUCAUGUGAAGAUGUCUCGCUUAUCGAUCUUUGCGCCAGAAACUAGCCCAAACACCGAUGGCAUCCACAUCACUCGCAGCAGAGAUGUUCAGGUGGCCGACUGCACAAUCAAGACCGGGGAUGACUGCAUGUCGAUCGAGGAUGGGACAGAGAACCUCCAUGUCAAGAACUUGGUCUGUGGACCAGGACAUGGCAUCAGCAUUGGGAGUUUGGGGGAUCACAGCUCCGAAGAUCAUGUCAACAAUGUAACCGUUGACAAUGUCAGGAUGUACGGCACAACGAAUGGAGCUCGCAUCAAGACAUGGCAGGGAGGAAAGGGUUCUGCGAAGAACAUCGUGUUCCAAAAUAUGAUCAUGGACAACGUCUGGAACCCCAUCAUCAUCGACCAAAACUAUUGCGACUCUUCUACGCCCUGCAAGCAACAGAAAUCUGCGGUGGAGGUGAGCAACGUGCUGUUCAAGAACAUCAGGGGCACAAGUGCCUCGGAGGAGGCCAUCAUGCUGCAUUGCAGCAGCAGUGUACCAUGCCAUGCUAUAACCUUGGAGAACGUCAAGCUCACAGUCAAGGGAGGAAGCAGUGAUGCGAAGAGCACCUGCCAGAAUGCAGAAUGGAAGAAAUCUGGUAGUGUCAGUCCACAACCAUGUGGUUUCAGCAAUUGAUACGAAACAACCUUCCAAGUUUAAGAUGUAGAGGGGCAUAUCUUGUACAGAGGAUCAUAUAUGUAGAAUUGUAGACUAGGAUGGUAAAUAUGCAAGAGGGCACUUAAAAACUUUGACUGUGGCAGCCAAAUGUACAACAGUACAAGUAGUUGCAAUUGAGAAUGCUGGUUGUAACAUAUACCAUUGUAAAAUGAUCUCUAACGUUUAUGAAUU